CUGUUUAUUGUUCCUUCCUCAGCGCCGACACAGAAAAAAAUAGGCUGACAAGCUGUCAAAUCCUCUUUUUACACGGUUCACACUAGGUUUUACGAAGGUGUAACAGUUGAGACAGUUGACUGCAAAACCCAGGGGCCAUGGCGUACGCGUAUCUCUUCAAAUACAUCAUCAUCGGGGACACGGGUGUGGGAAAAUCAUGUCUAUUACUACAGUUCACAGACAAGAGGUUUCAGCCAGUUCACGACCUCACUAUCGGUGUGGAGUUUGGAGCAAGGAUGAUCACUAUAGAUGGCAAACAGAUCAAACUGCAGAUCUGGGACACGGCUGGCCAGGAGUCUUUCCGGUCCAUCACCAGGUCUUACUACAGAGGAGCAGCAGGCGCACUGCUAGUCUAUGACAUUACAAGAAGGGACACCUUCAACCACUUGACGACCUGGUUAGAGGACGCCCGCCAACAUUCCAACUCCAAUAUGGUCAUCAUGCUCAUUGGCAACAAGAGUGACUUGGAGUCGAGGAGAGAGGUGAAGAAAGAGGAAGGUGAAGCGUUUGCAAGAGAACAUGGCCUCAUAUUUAUGGAGACCUCUGCCAAGACUGCCUCUAAUGUAGAGGAGGCUUUCAUCAACACAGCCAAGGAGAUCUAUGAGAAGAUCCAGGAAGGAGUGUUUGAUAUCAACAAUGAGGCUAAUGGUAUUAAGAUUGGACCCCAGCAUCCUACCACCAAUUCCACACUGUCCAGUAGCCAGGGAGGCCAACAUGCUGGAGGGGGCUGCUGCUGAAGCCCCAGACCACCCUCUCCUCCUCCUCCUCCUCUUCCUCCAGCCCUAACCCUUCCUCCUCCCUGCCCUCUCCAACCCUUUGUUGCGUUUCUACAGAACUGUCCAGGCCCACUAACAGUUUAACCUCUCUCUGCCGCUCCAUUCUUUCAUCCAUCCAUCUCUGUGUCCUGAGUGUCUUGAAGCAUCCCCAUGGGUCUGGGGAAAGGGGGGAGGGGUCAACAUCCCUAUGAGUCAGCAUGAUUUCUUACAGUCUUAUGAGGACCGAGUCAGCUUCACCUGUAGAUUUAAUUCAAAAGGUUGUUUUUUUUUUUUUUGAUUGUUCACCUGUUUGUUUUGGUUAGAGAAAGAUUUUAAGCUUUUCAUAAAAAGAAAAACAAACAAAAAAAAACAGACGCACUUGUGGAAAUUGGAUUUUCUUUCAGCCGUUUGAUUUACACAUGCCCUUUAGAGUCGCAGGGAUUUUGUCGGUGUAUCGCAGUACCUUAAAGUCACAGAAGCUAUGAACUGGCAGCGGUGGGCUGACUUUAUUUAGACUGAUUCAGAGCAGGAGUUUAGAAAUGAAACCCUUUUAACGGCUAACUGUAUGGAAUAAACCAGGCACCGUGUUGUGUCUAUACACACAUCUGUAUGUUUUGUUUUGUUUUUGUUAAAGGCAGCGUUGCUAGUCAGGCGUGUUUCUACAUGCUGAGUCAGUUUUCAUGCUGUGCCUGUGUGUAUAGUGUGCGUAUAGAGAUGAUACAUGUAUUCCAGGAUGUCAGUUUGUGAGCUAUGGGAGGCAUUCAAGUCACUCUGUAUUAUUUGUUCAUAAAAACAUGCAAAUCAUGUCACUUUUGUCCAUUUUUUCCCAACUUAUUUUGUGUUUUCCAGCGUGCCCUUUGUUUCCAGCUCACAGAUAUUUUGUAUUUCAUAAACACUAAAAACUGGUUGUGGAUUAAAAAGGGUUUUUUUUUAAGCCUGGGUAGAGAAAAGACUAAACUGUUGCGUGUGAAAAUAGAUCCUUAUGAAACAACAGAACAUGAGCAGGAAGGUUGAACGAGGGGUUGUGGAGUGAUGGCUGCCAUUAUGAAGUUAAAGAAAUGUAUGAAUUAGAAAUUGUUUUGUUUAUUUUCUUUUCAAUAUAUUUAUCAGGUGCAUUUCUGUGUAUAUAUGGCUCUUUAGGUUUGUGUAGCUAGCUAUGUUGGCUGUUUAACAUGAAGCGUGGCAUGUUGUCAUGGUCUAUUGAAGUCUUAACCAGGAGCUGAGAGAGCUGUUCUCUGAGCCUGAAACAGCUUUUUAGCAUUUUGAACAAUCUCCCAUUUAAACCCAAAGGAACUCGGCCGCCCUGGUACAUUCGGGUUGGUGGUGCCCUUUCUUUUAAAUGACAAGUAUGAAUGAUAACAGGCUGUUAACAGGACCGAGCAGAGGUAUUGAGUGUCCCUGGUGGGAGACUUUGACUCUGACUGAAAAUGUCAAAGCAUCUCCCCUUUUUAAGCAAGCUAAGAUUUCCACCCUGAAUUAGCCGGCACGCGUUCUUCAUCUGCCGUUUUGGAGCUCGAUUCACUUCGAUUCACUGCUGCCAUGUUUAUUUUGCUUUAAAAUCUCAGAUGUAAUGAUUUUACUGCUAACGGUUUACUUGCAUCCCCCCCACACUUUAUUUUCUCAAACUGUGUAGCAGCAAUAGCUCUGUACCUGCUUCUUUUUAAUGCCAAGUUAUUGUGUUUACUUGUGUUUUAUCAACAAAACAAAUGAAGGUGAGCGAAACGUCAAGUAAGCCCUUAUGGUCUGCCCUGAAAUCAGCUGUCUGCCUUAACGCCCACCUUCCUGAGACACCUGGAUGUCUGCAGAAACCAGUGACCCUUUAUUUGCAGAUAAAAGUUUCACCACUAAUGAACUCCUUGGCGAUAUAUCACUUGUCUAGAUGCACAUUUAAAGAUUAUUUUCUUGUUUGAUUUUUGUGCACAAAUUGGGGCAUUUGAAACGAAUCUAAAUCGUUUUUGUUGUUUUUUUUUUUCUGGUCCCCUCCAAAUAUACAUACGCAACUUUGCAUACAAUGUAUGUAUGCAUGUGUAGAUGAUGUAUACAUAUUUUUCUUGUCUAUCUAACCAAGCUGUGUUUUCUCUCCAGGCUGACUGUAACUUUUGGGUUUCAUGGCAGUUUUUUUUUAUUCUUCAAUAUAUUCAAUCAGUUAUUAAUCUUAAUCUGAGCAUAAUUAUCCUUUGUAAACCAACAUGUAAGUGUGUGUAUGUGAACUCAGAGGAGGACCAAGCCAAACCUGAUGCAUCUAUCUCUCCUACCUGUCUAUCUUUAUCUAUGUGGCCCUCUUCGCUCCUCCUCUCCCUGCCUCUCCUCCUUGCCCUCAACGUUUAUUGCUGUGUUUGUUCUUUGGAAAAAAUAAAACCUUUAAAAAAAAGAGAGAAAAAAAUGAAAAUGCUAUCACAAUAAACUAUAAUAAAACA